AUGCUAGGCGAAAUAAAUUUACUGAUUAUUCGCCUGGUGUUGGUUGUAAGUGCAUUAUGGCUUGCCCAAGCAAACUUAUUUGCAAGCCAACUUUAUAGCGAGCUGGCAUUGAAGGAAAAUCGUGAUAAUAUAAUAAUUUCACCGCUUGCCGUGCGAAGUGUAUUAGCCAUGCUUUUUAUUGCAGCUGAAGGUCAGACAAGGGCCGAUUUGAAACGGGUGUUGCGCUUGCAUGGUGAGACAAAAUUCUUGAGCGUAGCAGAAUUUCGGAAAAAUGUGAACAUCGAAUCUAAAGCCAUGGAACUAAAAAUUGCCUAUCGCAUUUUCUUGGAUAGUAAGUAUCCAAUAGAAGAAAACUUUCAAGCAACUGCAGAAUAUUUUUUGAAUUCGACGGCCGAGAGUGUUGAUUUCGAGAAUACAAAAGAGGUGGCAAAAGUUAUAAACAAAUUCCUCGAAGAAAAGACCAACAAGAAGUUUAAAGAUGCAGUCCAACCCGCCGAUAUAAGCUCAUACACGACUCUUUUCCUUGCUAACGGCUUCUACUUCAAGAGUAAGUGGGCAAAGCCGUUUAAAAAGAUUGGUCUGCAACGGCCCUUUUACUUUACGCCCGUCGCACAUGUGCCUGUGGUUAUGUAUGGAAAAACGGAUGAGUUACUUUACGGCGACAUUCCCCAUCUUAGUGCAAAAGGUGUUGAAAUACCCUACAAAGACUCCAAUCUUAGCAUGCUCAUCAUAUUGCCAAACCAUCGCACUGACAAACUAAAGCAUUGGGAGAACCUCCUCUUAAGAAUGGACUAUCGCACACUUAAUGCCAAAUUUCAGCGAACAAAUGUGCACAUACAGAUGCCACGUUUUAAAAUUAGUUAUGAAACUGGUCUGAACAGUGUCCUGCAGUCUAUGGGCCUAAAGAGGCUCUACAUAAAUCCCGACUUCACUAGUAUGACGCGUAAAAUGGGCUUGAGGCUAUCAAAUUUAAAGCAUAAGGGAAUUAUUGAGGUGAACAGCAAGACGGACGAUGGUAGUGAAUAUUCAGACAACGAACUGAACAUGAAUCAGUUACCAAAAGAUUUUAUUGUGGACCAUCAAUUCAUAUUUAUCGUCAAAGAUCCAGUAAGGUUGUAUUUUAUGGGUCGUGUUUUAAAGCCACAAUAAAAUAAUUUAUGGAAAUAAAGAAAACAA